AUGACCAAACACAGUCAACAAGUACCCAACGAAGCACAAGGCUCUUAUAAAGAGCUGAUCGAACUGCAAAGAGAGACAAAUAGCUUGCUCGCCAAGCAGAACAAAAAGAUGGAAGAGAUCAUGGGUCUAAAUGCUUCCUCUGGUACUGUUUCAAACAAAGACGACGGCGAUGAUCUCGAAGAUGCCGAUGAGGAUUCCGACACCAAGUGA